CCUCUUUUCUUAUAUAUCUAAUCUAACCAUCAAUUCGUGUCAAUGAAAGCGAUCUUCAACCUUUUUUUGUAACCCUUUAAAACCCCGUUUGGCUUUUUACCCAUUCCUCAAUUCCCCCCAAGAAAACCCCAUCUUUAAUUCGAUUGAUAUUAUGUUCUUAUUUUCUGAAAGAAAGAGGGAGAAAAUUUAAGAGGCUAUAAAUUCUAGUUGGUGAACGUAGGUUUCCCUUAGCUACUAAGAUUUCUGUUCUUUUCCCUGUAUAUUCCAAAUCCCUGAUCAAUCAAUUUCCCAAAAACAACAAACAAUCCAACUUUUUUCGUAAGGGGUCUAGCUAAACAUGGAAUUUUACUCUUACCCAUCUUCCCAAACAAUGGCUUCUUCUUCAUCAAUUUUGUAUAAUCUGGGUGAAAAAAUUCGUGGAACCCUUAGUUUUGCUCUUUCUGUUACUCUUGGAAGUCUUUUCUCUGCCUUCUUCACGUUUUGCUUUGCAUUAGUUGGGACACUGUUGGGAGCCAUGACUGGGGCAUUGAUAGGGCAAGAAACAGAGAGUGGGUUUGUAAGAGGAGCCGCCAUUGGAGCUAUUUCUGGUGCUGUUUUCUCAAUUGAGGUUUUUGAAUCAUCAGUUGUUCUUUGGAGAUCAGAUGAAUCUGGAAUUGGCUGUCUUCUUUACCUGAUUGAUGUGAUCGCGAGCCUGUUGAGUGGUAGGCUUGUUCGUGAACGAAUCGGUCCAGCAAUGCUUAGUGCAGUACAAAGUCAGAUGGGUGCCGUUGAAACAAACUUCGAGGAAGUUACGAAUAUAUUUGACAUAGGCGGGGUGAAGGGUUUACCGGGGGAUUUAGUAGACAAGAUACCAAAGAUCAAAAUCACAAACACAAACAAUAUCGAUGAUUCAGGGGAACGAGUCUCCUGUUCUGUAUGCCUUCAGGAUUUCCAAAUCGGAGAAAUAGUUCGAAGUCUACCUCAAUGUCACCACAUGUUUCAUCUUCCCUGCAUCGAUAAGUGGCUGAUGAGGCACGGUUCCUGCCCGUUGUGCAGAAGGGAUCUGUAAUGUAUUCAACUCUUGUGCUAUUUUUGACCUUCUUAACUUACUCUUACUACUUUUUUCUUAUCUUUUUGGUUGAGAUGCUGUUUUUUGUUCAUUAAUAUACUCAUAAAACAGCCUCAGAUAGAGAUUAGUUAUAUAUAUAGCUCUUAUGCCUUUGUUUAUGGCAUUGUUGUAUUUGAAUGGAUGAUCAUGUACAAAAAUUUUGAGAGUUGAUUAUGCUCUUCUUUUUCACUUUUUGAUUUGAUCCGAACUUUGACCUUGAGAUUUUUCAUUAUUACUGCUC